GAAAGAAAGAAAAACCUUGUUGUUUACCUCUCUCAGUGCCACCCGCUUUGCUUGAGCAAUUACGGAUUUCCGAAACCUGCCUUCAUUCUUUGCCCGCAGCAUAAUGCUAGUGCGCCUCCUCUAGAGCUUCCAAGUUCCUACCCGUGUCCCAAACCUCGCCGUAGAGCAGUUUACCCCGCCGACGGCGAUGGCGGCGGAAGCGUCGAGCUCGUCGGCCUUCCCAGAGGGGGAUUCGCUCCUGCGACCCCUCGCCGCGCGCGGGUGGCGCUUCCGUGACGCCACGGACGAGUCCAUCCCCCUCCUCCACGCCUCCCCUCCGUCGCCGGAGGCCCUGGAGGCCGACCUCCUCGACACGGACCUGAGGCUCUUCGGCGGGAAGUCCCUCCCCGACCGCGCCGCCGCCACCGCCACGAAGCGGCUCUCCUACCUCCACGGCCCCGUCGUCCUGCAGGUAGUUUCUGUAAGGGAUAUAUAUAGCAGCAGAGUCGAUGCCUCCUUUAAGAACCCACAGCAACGGCGCCUUCUGCGGUUUGGUCUCACGGAUGGUAUUUCUGAAGCAGUGGCCAUUGAGUUUUCCCCUAUCCCGUUCAUCACAGAAGAGAUAGCCCCAGGCACAAAGAUUCGUCUUGAGAACAAGAUUCCAGUAAAUCAUGGCAUAUUGUGCCUGAGUGCAAAAAAUGUGAGCGUCAUCGGGGGAAGUGUCCAAUCUUUGUAUGAAGAAUGGAAAAUGAACCAGAAAUUCUCGGGCUUAUCAUUGCCUGUAUUGAGGCUGUCACAAGAUGACGAUGGAGUUGGGCCUCCACCAUUUGAGAAAUUAGAUAUGGAAGCACGUCCAAACAGGACAUUCCAGUUGCAAGCACACCCCGGAAUGUUAGAAGGGAUAGAGAGAGAUUGGUGGAAUCGAUUGUUGUAUUGCUUGAGCCUCAUGGGCAUAUAUAUAGGAGUACAUGGUCAUCUUGGAGUACAAGGCAAGCGACGCAGACGGUGAGACUGGAGAAGAAUCCGAAGGCAAGCCGACGAACACCCCCCCACAGUCGUAACGGUCGAUGCAUCGCGGAAGUCGUGGCUGGAGUGAAAACCGACAAGUUUGCUCAAGCAAGGCGGUAGCCCUUGGUGCCGUUUGUCAAGGUAGCCGAGAGCGUAGGGUGGUGGAGCCGUGGUCGAGGUAGCCGUGCGAAGAACGCCGCAGUCGAUGUCGAGUCGGGGUAGCCGGUGUCGAGGAUGUCGCUGUGAAGCCGCGGGCGCAAAGAGGCGCCGAGUUAGUCAUGGGCGCAGUGGUGGCGAAGUAGUGUGCGCCGGGUAGAGGACGGUGUUGACGAGGCGUCGCGCCAGGUUUGCCAAACCCGGGGACACGUCGUAGACGAAGGCACGCGUCGGUGUUGCCAGCACCGGGCGCACUGUGGACAUACAUACAGUUACCGAGGUAAACCUCACUGGCGAGUGGGCCACGGUUGCUCCGUGCGAGGCACGAGCCCCACCUGCCAGCCUCAUCAGCAGGCCCCCAACGGU